AAGUGAAACUGAGAUGAAAUACUCCGUGGACCAGAUGCCAGUCAUCAUGGUUACCCGUUUUUGCAAAAUCACAAUGUGUUUCUCAAUAUUAUAAUUAUCUUAGUGAUGCAGAUAUAUACAGGUUGCUGCAUUCUACCAGGAUGCAGAUAACUAUCAUUUGAGAGUCUUCCAGCACAGUAAACAGCAUUUUGAUCUCUCAGCGAAAAGAAUGAAGUCCACUGCAGUUUUCCUUGUCUUGUCCAUGGUUGUCCUGCUGGCUCAACCUGGAGAAUGCUUUUUUGGACACAUUAUAAAAUCAAUUGGUGGUUUUUUUCACGGCCUCAUUCAUGGAGGAAAGAAACGUGCAGAAGAACAAGCAGACCAACAGCAGCUGAAUGAGCAGCAAUUGGACCAAAAACAACUGGACCAGCAACAACUGGAUGAGCAGCAACUGGACGAGCAGCAACUGGACGAGCAGCAACUGGACGAGCAGCAACAGGACGAGCAGCAACAGGACGAGCAGCAACUGGACGAGCAGCAACAGGACGAGCAGCAACUGGACGAGCAGCAACAGGACCAGGAACAGCAAGACAAGCAGCAGAUUGAUAAACGUUCAUUCAAAUACCAGUCUGCACAUCGUCGUUUUGAUUAGACUCAAGAAGCCAUUCUGGAGAAGCUUUUAAUUCCUGCUUCUAAACGUAUUUCAAGCAUCAAUCUUCUUGCCUGUGUUAUUCUGUCAGUUCUGUAUACAUUGCCUGCUUCACAAUAAAGCACACAUCUUCAAAGCUG